AACCCUAACCCUCGCCACCGGCCUCCGCCUCUCCUCCAGAGCCAGCCGCCGUGCGCUCUCGCUCUCCCUCUGUCUGCGACGAGACUUGGUGGGCUACCGCCGCUGCGCUUCGCCAGGUGCUGACGCCUUCGCCGAUCACUUCGCCGGCGAUAGCACUCACCAGCUAUAAUCUGCAGGAAUGGGCCUGUGGACAUUGCUGGAGGGUUUUUUGCUUCUUGCAAAUGCGUUAGCGAUAUUGAACGAAGACCGCUUCCUUGGUCCAAGGGGAUGGAGCAUGUCUGAAGUAUCAGGAAACGGGCAAACCAAGUCGUUCAAGGGCCAGAUCGUGGGGCUUAUCUACGCUACACAGUUUCUGCGGAUGCCCUUAAUUGCUCUCAACGUUCUCAUCAUCGUUGUCAAAUUGGUGUCUGGCUGAGCCUGAUGAAUUGGUAUCUGUUCCACCUUUAUGUAAGAGCUAAGAGAUCCCAAAGUUAAUUGUACUCAAGGUUGCUGUAAAUAUGCUGUUUCUGUUUACUCUAAUGUGGAUUUCUGUUAUUGUUGUCGUAAAUUAAUUUGGUCAGAAAAUGACUGUCGAUAUUCAUACUAUCCAAGCGGGCACUUUAUUGGGGGUGUCUUUCUUUUGUACAUUAAUGAAUUCAAGACAUAUUUGCAACGUCCUUGUAUGUUUUGUGA